AUGCCUUUCACAAACGAGAACGCCCCUUGGCGCGCACAGCUCGACGCUGCACUGGAGGCCAGCCCUGCUAGCACUGAAUAUGCCCUUGCAACCUCUGGCGCUGGCGACAGACGUCCUCGAGUUCGCUACGUUCAGCACCAAGGAUUCUCCCCGUCGGGCCUCCUCCUCGUAGCCACGACCCGCACGUCGCCACACUUCGCCGACGUCACGCAAAACCACCACAUUGAACUGGCAUGGAACCUCUCCCCCACGCUCACGUUCCGCAUCAGGGGGCGCGCCGUCGUCGUCGGCGAGCGGAACGAGUUCCGCGCCGCGGGCCUCAUGCACAGCUAUUACCUGCCACUGCAGGCCCCCGAGAGCGGGUACAAGUACUGGUCGGACACGCGUGAACGCGUUUGGCGCGCGACGCACCCCGCAGGCGAGGGACACGGACCCGAGGAGGACUGGGAGGCCGGGCCCGAGGGCGUGGAUAACGCGCACUAUGGGUUUGUCCUCGUCGCCAUUGUGCCGCGCCGCGUCGAGGUGGUGGAUGCGGCCAACGGCGAGGCGACGACGUACCUCCAAGACAGGAUGGGCAAGUGGACUGUCGUCCCCGGGGCAGAGGAGAUGGCGAUCCUGGAGAGGAAGUUUGAGGACAAGCUUGUGGCGAGGCUGUAG